GGGGCAACCGGGGGGCAUGGUGAAGGUUGGGGCAUCUGGGGUUGUAUAAAUGUCUAAUACCUCAAAGAGAAGACUGGAGUUUCCUCCUCCUCCAUCGUUCCAUCUCUUUCUAUUGUUCAAGGCUUUCCUGUUUCCUGAAACAAGAUAUGACUUUCUACAGGCACUCAGGUCCACGCAGCUAUCUGAGCUCUACCAUGACUGAGCGAUUUGACUGCAUCUACUGCAGAGACAACCUGCAGGGCAAGAAGUACGUCAACAAAGAUGGCAAGCAUGUGUGUGUGCGCUGCUUCGACAAGCUCUGUGCCAACACUUGCGCUGAGUGUCGCAAGCCUAUCGGUGCUGAUGCAAAGGAGCUGAACCAUAAGAACCGCCAUUGGCACGAGGACUGCUUCCGCUGUGCCAAGUGUUACAAGCCGCUGGCCAAUGAGCCCUUUGCUGCAAAGGAUGAUGGCAAGAUCAUGUGUGGCAAGUGUGGUGCACGAGAGGACUCGCCUCGCUGCCAAGGCUGUUACAAAGUGAUUAUGCCAGGUUCUCAGAAUGUGGAAUACAAGAACAAGGUCUGGCAUGAAGAGUGUUUCACCUGUUUUGAAUGCAAGCAGCCAAUCCGCAGUCAGAGUUUCCUUACCAAGGGUGACAAUAUGUACUGCACUCCCUGCCAUGAGAAGAAAUUUGCCAAGCACUGUGUCUGCUGCAAAGAGGCCAUCACCACAGGUGGGAUCACCUAUCAGGACCAGCCAUGGCAUUCUGAGUGCUUUGUAUGCCACACGUGCAGGAAGCCUCUAGCUGGAGCUCGUUUCACACCCCACGAAGAUCAGUUCUUCUGUGUGGACUGCUAUAAGACUUCUGUGGCCAAAAAGUGCUCUGGGUGUCAGAAUCCCAUUACAGGAUUUGGCAAAGGGACCAAUGUUGUGAACUACGAAAACAAAUCCUGGCAUGAAUAUUGCUUUAACUGCAAAAAAUGCUCACUUUCCCUGGCCCACAAACGCUUUGUCGUCAAUGGGGAGGGCAUCUACUGCCCUGACUGUGCCAAAAAGCUGUGAUGGCCUAAAUGGAUGGUCAAUAAAGCUUAUUAGCAAAAACAAUUAAGAUGGAAACAGUAGUAAAAAAAAAAGUGUGAGAAUGUUUUUCAGUUUUAUGUUACAUGUUCUUAGGAGUUAACAGCAACCAUAGACACAGCUGGAUUCACAAACCUAAAACAGAUUUUUAAACUUAUUAUUGUAAAGCUUUGCUGAAAUUGUAAAGUGUGAUGUCAGAAUGGGAAUACAGCAUGCAUUAAUACAAUGGAAGUAUUUAAUUAAAUGGCUUGAUGUUG